AUGAUCUUUUUAGUAUUAGUUGUCCUUGCAAACGCAGGUAUUUACAAAGAGGCGAAAGAGGAAGUGCAGGAGAUGUUAGGCAAAGCGAUAUUGAACGAGAAGCCAUGCGAAAAGAAAACUCCGCAGAACACCACAAACACCAAAUUCGAGAAAUUGACUGUAGACCUUAAAAUGGAAGAUAUUCGUGAGAAAAUGCGGAACACAAAGGUGAUCGUCGAGGCUGAGAAACAAACUACACUUUCAAUGGUUACUAACGGAUACCGAAAAUGCAAAUAUAACGUGACAAUAUCCGAGAAAAAACAAGUCGCGCCGUGCAAGAAGUUCUUAAACGACUACAAAAACAAACAACCAAAGUGGAUGUCUAAAAUCGACAAAACACUCGCUGAUUAUCCAAAAGACUUGACCAAAUUGACUCCUCAACAAAAAGCCGAACUUGCACAGAAACUGAUGGACGAGAAGUCCUUCAAUGAAAAAGUCUCUUUCAAGAAACUCAUUGAGAAGUUGUGA